CUCAAGACUACACAUAUGACUAGUUACAUAUACGAGCAGCUCUGCUCGGCUUCGAGAAUGAGAUUCAACUUAAUCUUUGCAGUAUUUUAGCGUGCAUUGUUACUCGAUUGUUCUUCGCGAUCACAAAUUCAACAAUAUGGCGACAUUAGCAGUCCUGAUGGUAUUGGCAACGAACGCCAUGGCCCAGUCUAUUGCCUCAUCGACGGUUACCAUCGUCGGUGGCGAAUAUGAUGGUCAAACACUCGCAGGCUUGCACGUAGGCGCAGCGCAAUCAUACCAGGUCGCCAUAUCCGAACACGCAGGCAGUCUCAUCUCAGCAGGAGGCGAUCAGUGGUAUUUCAACGAGACCAGCAACCUUUUCAUGGACGAAUCGAUUGUGGAGGGGACGCCGUUGCCUUGUUAUAUUAUCAACACACCACAGCUUUCCAACAACUCUGGUCCUCUUGAAUGUGGAGCCGCAACCAAUGAUGGUUACCUAAUGGAAGGCAAUCUAGGGGACGAUGGGACUGUUUUCAUCACCGGCGUACAAAGCUGGUGGAUUUGUGGUGUUAAUGCCACACAACCUUAUGGCAUCAUCGACGGCACUGUCGUCGGUGGGUUCACGACGUCUGAGCCAAGCGGCCCUGGCGUUGCGAAUUGUUCGUCAUUCGACUCUCUCAAGCUUGCGGUCAACAAUGGGUCAACAACGACUUCGACAACGUCAACCCAAUCCUCAACGACUUCGACCCCUACCCAAUCCACCUCAUCACCCCCAUCGACCACACCCACGGAAAGUUCACAAACGACAACCACAACAGUCGAUGGCAGGACAACAUUGACAGCCACAGCCACUGUGACUAGUAGUAAUGCUCCAACAAGCGCAACUACCGCACCAGCACAGCCCACGUUUACCGGAGCUGCAACCAAACACCACAUGAGCCUAAUGGGAAGUGGUCUUGUUGUCCUUUCGCUUCUGAAUCUGUUUGCAUAGGGAUAUUUCUAGAUCGUUCGUCUGCAUCUUUUAUAAUCCUAAUGAUUCCCAUAUUCUCCUUGUGUCAUCAUUUUGUGAUCGUAGCAAGUGUAACGGCACGUUUGGUGGCAGACCGUUUGCAAGGGUAAAGGGACAGUCAGGCAGAGCCUUACUUCCAUCUAUGGUUCUUCGAUACACAACUUGAAUGGAUCAUGUGAACCACAUGCCUCAGCUCUCUUCCACACGAGAACACAUCGAUACAUUCAGCAUACCAUCUAACACCUGAGAAGGUAGAUUUUGCAGCCGGACCAAGUCUGGAUCAACUUCCGCAUGGCGACCAGGGCGAGUAAAAGGUGAUGCAGCGUAAGGCUUCUAGAUUAGUGGUGAC